GCUUGCCCGCGUUCUAAAAGAUUAGUGCGGUUGGGCGCGAUUCGUGGGUUUCAGUGAUCCGUUCGACUACGGAGACCUCGUAUGGGGUGCAGUCCGAGGGGAAAGGAGGAGUCAAGGACCGCUAGGAAUAGACUUUAGGGUUCUUGAGCGGAACGAAACGUGAUGAUUGGAAAUGGGCGAAGGAGCAUCUUAUUCUUAUGAGUGCACUUUUGGGGUUCCUUGAGCACCGCGUAUAAAGAGGGGCCACGGGCUACGCAUUAGUAGCCAGAGAGAGAGAGAGAAAGCAUAGCAGAACACUCUGGAACUCUUCUUAAAAGGCGUGGUUUUUUUAUUGCAAGACAUACCUAUAGGAAGCGGUUACGGAAAGGUGGGGCCGAGAGGAGGGUGCAGGUUGUUGAAAGUCGUGACUGUUCUUUGAAAGAGCCCGGUGCGAUCUUGCAAGCCCGGUUAAAGAGAGAAGCUAAUUGGCGAACUCCCGCAGAAACUGACGAUGGGGCCUCUGCUGUCUCUAGGGAUUGGGCUUCUGCUGUUCUUGCUCUGGGCUCGCUACAGAGGCAUUGAAUAUGUGCUAGUCCAUCACCGCUGGAUUUUCGUGUGCCUUUUCCUGUUGCCCCUUUCUGUUCUUUUCGACAUUUACUACCAGCUCCGGGCUUGGGUUGUGCAGAAGCUGCACUGUGCUCCUCGGCAACAUGACUUGCGGGUUCGGAACAUCCAGAAACAGGUUCGAGAAUGGAAAACAGAAGGCCAAAAAACAUAUAUGUGCACAGGCCGUCCUGGCUGGCUUACAAUGUCUCUUCGUAUUGGGAAGUACAAGAAGACUCUCAAGAACAUCACAAUCAACUUGAUGGAUAUUUUAGACGUAGACAUUGAGCGACAGGUUGUCCGGGUGGAACCUUUGGUCUCAAUGGGACAAUUAACAGCACACCUGAAUCGCAUGGGCUGGACUAUUCCAGUGGUACCAGAACUUGAUGAUCUUACAGUAGGUGGUUUGCUCAUGGGGACUGGCAUUGAAUCUUCCUCUCAUAUCUAUGGAUUAUUUCAGCAUAUCUGUGUGGCCUAUGAGCUUGUUCUUGCUGAUGGCAGCCAUGUGAGAUGUAGCCCGGAGGAGAACUCUGAUCUAUUUUAUGCAGUGCCUUGGUCUUGUGGCACAUUAGGCUUUCUGGUUGCAGCAGAAAUAAAAAUGAUCCCAUCUAAAAACUAUCUGAAAUUACAUUACGAACCUGUGAGAGGGCUGAAAAACAUCUGCAAGAGAUUUGCUGAAGAAUCAGAAAAGAAAGAGAAUCAUUUUGUAGAGGGCAUUGUGUAUUCUUUGGAAGAGGCUGUCAUAAUGACUGGAGUUUUGACCGAUGAAGCUGAGCAAGAAAAGGUCAAUAGAAUUGGGGCGUACUACAAGCCAUGGUUUUUUAAGCAUGUGGAAAAUUAUUUGAAAGCUAAUAGCACAGGAACAGAAUAUAUUCCAGCAAGAGAUUAUUAUCAUAGGCAUACAAGGAGCAUUUUCUGGGAGCUCCAGGACAUCAUCCCAUUUGGCAAUCAUCCAAUUUUUCGCUAUCUCUUUGGCUGGAUGGUUCCUCCUAAAAUCUCCCUUUUAAAACUGACUCAAGGCGAAUCCAUGAGAAAGCUCUAUGAGCAGCACCACGCGAUACAAGACAUGAUGAUCCCCAUGAAGAGCCUUGAACAAUGUAUUCAAACCUUCCACAGUGUCAUUAAAGUUUAUCCUCUGUGGCUGUGUCCAUUCAUCUUGCCUCACAGUCCUGGAAUGGUUCAUCCAAAAGGAGAUGAAGAGGAGCUCUAUGUAGAUGUGGGAGCCUAUGGAAUGCCCCAGACAAAACACUUUGAAGCCAUGGCAUCCACCAGACAAUUAGAAAAGUUUGUAAGGAACGUUCAUGGUUUUCAGAUGUUAUAUGCAGACUGCUAUAUGACCCGCGAGGAAUUCUGGGAAAUGUUUGAUGGCUCCCUCUAUCACAAACUGAGACAAGAGCUUCAGUGUAACAAGGCUUUUCCUGAAGUAUAUGAUAAAGUCUGCAAAGCUGCAAGACAUUAAAUCCAACUCGUCCAUGAAGCAACUAGGAAAAUUUGGGUCUAAAUAAAAACUUACCUCUUCUCUUUUCCAAAACCCCCUUGUUUCUACUUCAGAGACUCCAUUCCAAAUGUGAAAUGUAGAAGAAAUACUUCUGCCUUUGUAUGAAAUAUAUAACUGGUAGUAUUUGUCUUAAAAA